UAUAGAUAGAUAGAUGGACGGACAGAUAGAUAAAAAUAAAUACAAAAAUAGUAAAUAAUUUGUCGAAGAUAGUUAUUUAGAUAUAAUCGAAAAAAAUAUUACAUAUAGAAUAAUACAAGGAUAAUUACCAAUUUCAUUAUUUUUAUGGAAUUUGGAUUUAGUUGUUUCAAGUCGUAUCGUGUUCAAAGUGCGUCCCGUGUUUAUAUAUACAGGUCAUUGAAGCAUUAAGUUUGACUUAACCUCUCCAUCGUGGUAUUUAAUUCGUAUACUUUGGAAUUUUGUUUUAGUAAUCAUUUAUUUCAACUGUAAUGUAAAAAGAAUUAUUUUUAGUAUUGAAAUAAUUAAUCUCCUUAUACGCGUUUGUAUUAUUUCAAUAAUAAGAAUAAUUGGAAGACAAUGUGCGAAGUCAAAGUUUUGUUUAAUGGAUACUCGGAACAAAUGGAUGAUAGAAUAAUGUGCGCCAAUUGUUCGUGCACUUUAAUAAAAGGACCAAAAUUAAUAAUUGUCGAUACUAUGACUGCUUGGGAUCAGAAAAAAAUUUUGGAAGCUCUUAGUCGUGAGAAUGUAACACCAGCAGAAAUUGAUUAUGUUGUAUGUACACACAGUCACCCCGAUCAUAUUGGAAAUAAUAAUUUAUUUACCAAUGCAGAGCAUAUUGUAGGUCAUUCUGUACAGCACGGUGAUUUGUUUUAUGAAGAAAAUCUUAAAAAUGAAGAAUAUAUUCUAUGCGAUGGUGUUAAAGUUCUUGCAACACCAGGCCAUACGUCAGAAGAUAUUACUGUAUUAGUUCAAACUAAUAUUAAUGGUCAAUCUAGUUGUGUCGCUAUUACAGGUGAUCUGUUUGAAAAAGAAGAGGAUAUUGUUAAUCCAUUAAUUUGGAAAAGUCUCGGUCAAAAAGAAUUACAAAAAGUUCAAUCUUACAUGCGCUCACGUAUUAUUAAUCUUGCUGAUUUUAUAAUACCUGGACAUGGUCCAAUGUUUUCUGUUACAGAUAAAAUGAGGCAGAUUGUUGAUAGUCAAGUGAUUGAAUGAUUCUACAAUUAAAAUUGGAAACACUUAAUUCAACAACGAUUCAAUUUAACCCCACACACACACACACACACAAAUCGUUUAUAAUCUUUUAUUUAUUUUUACAAACAUUUUAUUAAACAUUACAUAAUGAAGUACAUGGUAUCACAACAUUAUUAUUUCUAUAUAUUUUUAUAAUGACAAUUGCACAUGUCAAAUUAUAUUUAUAAAUAAGACAAAAAGUACAACAAUGCGGUAAGGGCAUAUUGUGACCAUUGGCUCUCUUGUAAUGUAUAUUAAAAUAAUUUUUUACAUAAGAAAUUGAAAAUCGUUUAUAAAAAAGAAAACAAAAAAAAA